AUCUUCGAAGUCUGCGUGUUGUCAUUCCGCGAUAUGAAAUUAUAGUUAUAAGUAAUAUGGAUUCCGAUUCUGAUCGGACAAUUGAUUCUGAUGAACUUGAAGCACUCCUUGCACAGUCAAAAGCAGAAACAAAUUCAAAGGAAAAUGAGGAUUCUGUAGGUAAAGUAAAAAGACGAAAAUGCCACACCAAAUUGCAUGAAUUAUCUGAUUCUGAGUCUGAUGAUGGACACAAAAGGAAAAGGAAAAUAGCGCCUGAAAAUGAAGUGGCUACUGAUGAUCGCCCAAAAUGCAGAUAUGGUGAAAAAUGUUACCGGAAAAAUCCAGAUCACAUUAAAAACUUUUAUCAUCCAGGUGAUGAAAAUAAACACAGAGUAGAAGAACCCAGAACUUCAAAAACUGUGAAGCCUGCACAGCCAGUAUUAGUUCAGAAUUAUGGAUUUUAUGUUACACGAGUAAAGGGCAUAAAUCAAAGAUAUAACAGUGGAUUUUCUUUUGGUAUCAAAGAUCUGUUAUCUUUUAAGGAUGGAACACUACUUUCCUCUGCCCAGUUCAAUUAUAUGUUUGAUAUAUCAUGGCUGAUGCAGCAGUAUCCAGAACAAUAUAGGAAUUGCCCUUUGACUAUUGUGCAUGGAGAGCAGCGGGAAGCAAAAAAAUCUUUAGAGAGAUCUGCAGCUGAUUACUCUAAUAUUAAAUUUUGUCAGGCAAAGCUGGACAUUCCAUUUGGCACUCAUCAUACAAAGAUGAUGUUUUUGCUGUAUAAAGAAGGUUUCCGAGUUGUCAUUCAUACUUCAAACAUCGUUGAGAGUGAUUGGUCUCAAAAGACUCAGGGAAUAUGGGUUAGCCCUUUGCUUCCUCAAUUAGAAUGUCCUUCACCAACUGAGGGAGAGUCACCCACUAAUUUUAAAACUGACCUUCUUGAAUAUGUGUCAGCAUAUUUUUCUUCUGAGUUAGAUGAAUGGCAUGAAGUAAUUAAGAAGCAUGAUUUUUCAAAAAUAAAAGUUUUCCUUAUUGGUUCUGUGCCUGGACGCCAUGUGGGGUCUAAGAAAACAUCAUUUGGACAUUUAAAAUUGAGAAAAGUAUUAAAUCUCAAAGGGCCAUCUAAUGAUAUAGUUAAACCUGAUUGGUCUGUAGUAGGGCAGUUUUCUAGUAUUGGCACUCUAGGCGCUUCACCUGAUCAGUGGCUGUGUUCUGAAUUUAUAACAAGUUUAGCCACAACAAAAAACUCAUCUGUUGUGCUCCAAUCUUCAUCAUUAAAACUGAUUUUUCCCAGUGUAGAGAAUGUCCGAAAAAGUUUGGAAGGUUAUCCAGCUGGUGCAUCAUUACCAUACAGUAUAAAAGUUGCUCAGAAACAACCAUAUUUAAAAAGAUUUCUGCACCAAUGGAAGAGUGAAAAAUUGGGUCGUAGUGAAGCUUCACCUCAUAUUAAAACCUACCUACGUUUAUCACCUGAUAAUUCCAGUAUUGGAUGGUUCCUGGUCACGAGUGCCAAUUUGUCAAAGGCUGCGUGGGGAGCUUUAGAAAAGAAGGGUACUCAGUUUAUGAUUCGUUCUUAUGAGCUUGGAGUUUUGUUUAUACCUAGCUAUUUU